AUGGCUUCUACUUUCAAAUUAUCAACUGACCUUCCAGCAUGGAAGGAGUUGGAACAACUUUACCAAAAAGAAGGUAAAAACUUUGACGUUAAACAAGCCUUUGCUGAAGACCCAAAGAGAUUCGAUGAAUUCUCACGUGUCUUUACAAACUACGACGACUCAAAGAUCCUUUACGAUUUCUCCAAGAACUUGGUCAACAAGGAGAUCUUUGCCAAAUUGAUUGAAUUGGCCAAGCAAUCGGGAGUUGAGAAAUUGAGAGACGAGAUGUUUGCUGGUGACCACAUCAACACUACUGAAGAUAGAGCGGUUUACCACGUUGCAUUGAGAAACCGCGCCAAGAGAAACAUGCCAGUAGACGGCAAGGAUACUGCACAAGAGGUUGACGAUGUUUUGCAACACAUGAAGGAGUUCUCAAACCAAAUUAGAGACGGUUCAUGGAAAGGUUACACUGGCAAACAGAUCACCGAUGUUGUCAAUAUUGGUAUUGGUGGCUCAGACUUGGGCCCAGUCAUGGUUACUGAAGCAUUGAAAGCUUAUAGCAAGCCAGGCUUGAAUGUCCACUUUGUCUCAAACAUUGAUGGUACUCACAUUGCUGAAAUUUUGAAAAACUUGAGCGCAGAGACUACAUUGUUUUUGGUUGCUUCCAAGACCUUCACUACUGCUGAAACCAUCACCAAUGCCACAUCUGCCAAGAACUGGUUUUUAAAACACUCCAAUGACAAUAAGGAGGCCAUUGCAAAGCAUUUCGCUGCCUUGUCAACAAAUGAAAAGGAAGUUGUCAACUUUGGAAUUGACCCAAAGAAUAUGUUUGGCUUUGAAAGCUGGGUCGGAGGCCGUUACUCUGUGUGGUCAGCAAUUGGCUUGUCUGUUGCCAUCUUUAUUGGAUUUGACAACUUUGAGAAAUUCUUGAAAGGUGCCGAGGCAGUUGACCAACACUUUCUCAACACUCCAUUGGAAAACAACAUUCCAGUGAUUGGUGGUUUACUCAAUGUAUGGUACAACAACUUUUUUGGAGCCCAAACACACUUGAUUGCGCCAUUCGACCAAUACUUGCACAGAUUCCCAGCUUAUUUGCAACAAUUGUCCAUGGAGUCUAAUGGUAAAUCAGUCACCAGAGCCAACGUGUUUACAAACUACCAAACCGGCGCCAUUAUCUUUGGUGAGCCAGCCACUAAUGCUCAGCACUCUUUCUUCCAAUUGCUUCAUCAAGGUACAAAGUUGAUUCCAGCAGAUUUCAUCUUGGCUGCACAAUCACAAAACCCAAUUGAGAACAACAAGCACCAAAAGAUGUUGGCCUCCAACUUCUUUGCACAAUCAGAAGCAUUAAUGGUUGGUAAGAAUGAAGAACAAGUGAAAGCCGAAGGUGCCACUGGUGGUUUGGUGCCACACAAGAUUUUCAGCGGAAACAGACCAACCACCUCGAUUUUGGCCCAGAAAAUUACACCAGCUGCAUUGGGUGCAUUGAUUGCAUACUAUGAGCACGUUACAUUCACCGAGGGUGCUGUGUGGAACAUCAACUCCUUUGACCAAUGGGGUGUUGAGUUGGGUAAAGUUCUCGCAAAGGUUAUUGGCAAGCAAUUGGAUGACAAGAAGCCAGUUGAAGACCACGAUCCUUCCACCAACAACUUGAUCAACACUUUUAAGGAAUGGGAAUGA